AUGAGAGUCUUCUCCUUCUCUUUGAAGGACUCCGCGAAAGACUGGUUGUACUACUUACCACCAGGUAGUAUCACCAUGUGGGACCAGUUGAAGAAAAAAUUCCUAGACAAAUAUUUUCCUGUGUCUCGGGCCGCCAACUUAAGGAAAGAAAUAUGCGGCAUCAAGCAACACCCAAGCGAGUCUCUCUAUGAGUACUGGGAGAGAUUUAAGAAGCUGUGCAUCAAAUGCCCUCAGCAUCUGAUAAGUGAGCAACUGCUCAUCCAAUAUUUCUAUGAGGGGUUACUCUUCAGGGACAGGAGCAUAAUCGAUGCUGCAAGUGGAGGGGUGUUAGUGAACAAGACUCCGCGGGCAGCAUGGGAGUUGAUUGAGAGAAUGGCUGAAAAUUUACAGCAAUUUGAUUCAAGAAAGGAUAUCCCGACCCGUAUGGUGAAUGAGGUAGAAACGUCCUCUAUUCAACAACAACUUUCUGAAUUGACGUCUUUCGUACGACAACUAGCUGUGGGGAGUGCCUCACAAGUCAAAGUAUGUGGGGUAUGCACUGCCGUGGGUCAUUCUAUGGACAUGUGUCCACUGGUUCAGGAAGAAACUGCAGAACAAGUGAACAUGGCUGGUCACGCGCCUGCGCCAAGAAAGCUGUACAACCCUUACUCAAGCACCUACAAUCCUAGUUGGAGAGAUCAUCCCAACCUCAGCUAUGGAGGGAACAGGCAGUCCAAUUUCGUACCAAAUAGGCAGCAAGGGUACCAGCAGGAGUACCAGCCUCGCCAACCACCACCCCCUUCGAACUCAAGUCCGUCUAUGGAAGAGAUGAUGAAGCAAUUACUUGCAAAUCAACAAAAGACGGAUUCAGACCUGCAAAGCAUGAGGAAUCAACUGGGACAAGUGCAGUCAUUGCAAACUCAAGUAAAUCAAAUGGCCAUUGUGAUCAACCAUUUGGAGUUCCAGGUUCAAGGGAAGUUGCCAUCUCAACCUAAGUUGAACCCGAAGAAUGUGAGUGCAAUGAUCUUGAGAAGUGGCAGGGAAGUCCAAGGACCCGAACCGGUGAUUCCUAAGGACAAGACGAGGAACAAAUCAAGAAAGAGUUGGAAGAGGAGGGCAGAGACAACAAAGAUAAAAAGGCUAGAGAAACCAAAGAAGCAGGACAAGGAGAAAGAGGUCCUGGAGAUCUUUCGCAAGGUGGAGAUCGACAUCCCCCUACUGGACGAGAUUAAAUAA